CUCCCCGCCCGCCCACCUCCAACCCAAACACCGACCCCGCUAGUUCCGCUUCCGGCAGCACCAGAUAAGUCGCGAGAGGAGAGUUAAAACCUGCCGUUUGCAUUUAGGACCACUUCGUUACUGUUUUUCCUUUUCAUCUAUCUCAAUCUUCAAAGCCAGCAGUUGAUGGACUACAUUGAAUAGUAAUCUGUGAACCAGAAUAAACCAGAACUUCCUCAGGUGCUCUUGCCGGGUCUUCUUAGCAACAGUAAUGACAGUAACUAAUAUACGCACCUCACAAAACUGAAAAGCUUCCGUACAGCAAAGGGAACUGGUUCUAGUAAAGUACUCAUCAUAUUAACCUGGCCCAACAGGUUGUUCUUCAGUGACCGGGUCUUAAAGGGGAGAACCAGAGGAUGAGAAGAUAAAGAACACAGGAAAGCCAGGGUCAGGGAAUCUUGUGAUUUAGGGCUAAGGGAGAAGGAUGACAAGUCCCACGGCAAACCUGAGCUUCAUCAAAACCCUGUCUUCAAAAAGAGGUGUAGAGAGAAAGAAACCUGAGAAUUAGCUGCACAGAGGAAGAUGGCCACCCUGUGACUGAAGUUUCCAGGAGAAAGGAGGUUGACUUACAGAGAAAGAAAGGACAGAGGUUCACAAUGGUCCGUAGUGGGAAAAAUGGUGACCUCCAUCUUAAGCAGAUUGCAUAUUACAAACGAACAGGUGAAUAUCAUCCAACCACACUGUCGAGCGAGAGAAGCGGCAUAAGACGAGCAGCGAAGAAAUUUGUCUUCAAAGAAAAAAAGCUGUUUUAUGUUGGAAAAGACAGAAAACAAAAUCGUUUGGUAGUUGUUUCAGAAGAAGAAAAAAAGAAAGUCCUAAGAGAGUGCCACGAAAAUGGCACUGGUGUUCACCAUGGCAUAUCCAGAACUCUCACUCUAGUGGAGUCCAGUUACUACUGGACUUCCGUGACCAAUGACGUCAAACAGUGGGUAUAUGCUUGUCAGCAUUGCCAAGUAGCAAAAAAUACAGUUGUGGUGGCACCUCAGCAGCACCUUCUCACGGUGGGAAAUCCAUGGAGUGUAGUUACUGCGGAUCUGAUGGGACCUUUCCAUACCAGCCACAGGAGUCAUGUCUAUGCUAUAAUUGUGACUGAUUUGUUCACAAAAUGGGUUAUGAUUUUGCCUUUAUGUGAUGUCUCAGCAUCAGAAAUUUCUAAAGCUAUUAUCAAUAUAUUUUUCUUAUAUGGACCUCCUCAGAAAAUAAUAAUGGACCAAAGAGAUGAAUUCAUUGAACAGAUCAAUACAGAACUAUAUAGAUUGUUUGGUACAAAACAGAUUGUCAUUUCUCAUGCUUCUGGAAGCGUUAAUCCAUCUGAAAGUACACCUAGCACAAUCAAAGGCUUUCUCUCCAAACACUGUGCCGACCACCCAAACACCUGGGACGAGCAUCUGCCUGCGCUUUCCUUUGCCUUCAAUGUGACUCACUCAGAGCCUACUAAAAACACGCCAUAUUUCCAGAUGUUCAACCGGAAUCCCUGUCUGCUGGAGUGGCCUCCCGAAGUGGGUGGGGAAAAUACAAGCGUGUUUGCCAGAAUCGUAGCUGCAGUUAGAGAGGCUGAUGUGGUAUUGGAGGACAAGACACCAUCAGCUGGCCAGACGGAGAACAACAAUUUGGAUGAACUAAACAAAACGAAGGCUGUUAAAAAGAAACCAAAGCAGUUAAAUCCAUUUCAUUUAAAAGUGGGUCACGAGGUUCUACGACAGAGGAAGAACUGGUGGAAAGAUGGCCGUUUCCAGUCGGAAUGGGUCGGCCCUUGUGUCAUAGACUACAUCACGGAGAGUGGAUGUGCUGUCCUGAGGGACAACACAGGGACCCGACUGAAGAGGCCCAUCAAAAUGUCCCACCUGCGGCCUUACGUGAGGGAGCCCACUGAACAAGACAGUCUUUAUCUCUUGCAAGGUUCGAUAGUAGCAGAUCACGACUACAUUGGAUUACCUGAAAUCUCAGUUGGAGCAUACCAGGCAAAUAUUCUGGUAGAAGAUGCAACUAUUGGUGUAACCGAUAAUGAAUUAUUGGCAUCAAGCAAGGAUCAUGAACUCUUGGAAUAUAGAAAUUCCAAAAUCUCUGCAUUGGUAGAAGAUCCAAAUUCUCUUGAGAAACAGACUUUCAGUCUAUUGGAUUCUUCAAAUCAAGUUCUUGAGUACUUAAGUUAGUAAAUACCAAAAUUAAUUUAAAAUGCUUGCUUAGAAUGUAUAUAUUCCUAGAUUGUAAGCACUUUAUUAAAAUAUGUUGUAUAGAAGAAAUAUCUUAGUACAAUAUUAUUAACUAAAUUCUAAAGGCUUAUUUUAAUCCUAUGUAAAGUUGUGACACAGUUGAAAAUACGUAUAAAUAUAUGUAACAGAAGUAUACCAUGCAUAGAAUUCAGGAACGUCUCAGAGAACAGACAAAAUCCAUUUGCUUCUUUGGAAAUAAAUUCUAGUAGAAUAUUCUCAAACUUUUUUCUAGUAUUGGUACUGCAUUUUCUGCCUAAUAUUUUUCAGGGAUAUCUCCCUUUUGAAAUAAAUUUAAACUACCUAUGGUUUAGUUAAUAAAUAUUGAGUGAACAAUAACAUGAAUGAAAUGAAACA